AUGGAUGAGGUGAUGAAGCUUAUAAAGUCGUGUGGUAAUCAGUUGGCUGUAUGGAAUAGACAUUCAUUUGAUCAUGUGCAAAAAAUCAUUUUUCAAGCAAAACAGAACCUGUUAAGGCUUCAUGAAAAUGGCCAUUUGGGGAACAAUAGAGAGGAAUCUGAGAUAGCAUGGGCUGAGGUACAUAAAUGGCUUGAAAGGGAUGAGGUUAUGUGGAUACAAAGAUCAAAGGCUUUGUGGCUCAAAGAAGGCAACCGAAACUCCAAGUACUUUCACAUGAAGGCUUCACAAAGGCGAAAGAAGAAUAAGAUAGGAAAACUCCAAGAUGAAAAUUGGGUGUGGCAAGAGUUAGAAGGAAGGGAUAUGCUUGUCAUUGACUAUUUCAGAAAUAUGUUCACAACUUCAAGUCUGAGGGGCUCAUUGAAUUUUUUGGAGUCUCUAGUUGGUAGGGUGGAUAACAGUAUGAAUGAGGAGCUGAGCAAGGUUUAUUCUGCUAAAGAGGUGAAGGUAGCUCUACAACAAAUGAACCCCACAAAAGCCCCGGGCCCAGAUGGUAUGUCCCCAGUAUUUUUCCAAAAAUACUGGAAUAUGGUGGGUGAGCCCGUGAUUUCAGCAAUGUUGGAUGCAUUAAAUACAGUAUUAAGAGCUAACUCUCCGGAUCUCCGAGAACGGAGCGUUACACCCCCUCCAGUAGGUGUGCUAAAGCUGAAUGUCGAUGGUGCCAUUUUCAAAGAUCAAUAUAAAUCUGGUUUGGCUACAGUUUUGAGGGAUGAUCAAGGCAAUGUCUUAAUGGCAGCUAGCAAGGUUGAGAAUGUGGUGGAGGAAGCCGAAGCAAUUGAGUUAACUACUAUAUUUAGAGGCCUUCAGUUGUGCAUGAGUAUGGGAAUCUCAAAGCUUUUAGUGGAAUCUGAUUGCUUGUUAGUGGUGGAGGCUUUAAAGCAAAACAAUAUGGAGUGA